AUGGCUCAAUCUACCAAGUGCUAUCUUCCUCGGUUCGCUUCCGCCGAUGACGGGCCUAAGCGCGCUGUCUCGAUGAAGACGAGGCCAACGGCUGCCCAGCAUGCGCAGUUAUUAACCGCAUCUCACGAAGGCCGUCUGGACUCGAUUCUCAGAGCCACUUGGGCUCUUGUCCUCAACUACUAUAUCCGCUCCAAGGAUAUCUGUUUCGGUUACCAACAUCUCGAAGACGACUCUCGAACCCUCAAAUCUUCUGUACAGCGUUCUAACGGCGUCAAUAUUUCGACGAUCCGCAUAUCCAUCAAUGACAACGACUCUCUCACGGCAAUUGUAGAUAAGGUGCGCGCAAUCAACGCGAAUCGCCAGCCCAAUGGAACCUCGGAGGCCGCUUCCGAGGGAUAUCUUCCUUUCAACACCAUCCUGAUGGUGCGCACAUAUGACCCACCUGCUUCUCCUUCGAAACCUCUUUUGGCAACAGCUCUCCCUGACGAGUGUCAAGUUCGCCUUCACGUGAAGGUCCUGCGUGGAGACAUCAGCAUCUUCCUUGAAUGGCGCAAGGGUGACAUGUCUGGAGAUCAGAUGAAGAGUGUUGCCUCAAUCUUUGAACAGUUGCUUGCCAAAGUCCUUUCUGCUGAGAACACCGCUAUUAGCCAGCUUAAUUUGUUCUCGGAGAAUGACUGGCAACGCAUUGCUAAGUGGAAUUCCAAUAUUCCGCAGCUUCAUGAUCGCUGCAUUCAUGAGGCCAUCCACGAUCAAAUGCUCAGCGGCCCGGACCGCGAGGCUGUAUGUGCGUGGGAUGGCAGCUUGACGUUCGCUGAGCUGGAUCAGCAGGCCUCAAAGCUUGCAUGUCACCUGCGCAUGCAGGGGGUUGGGCCAGAAAUCCGUGUGGCUUUAUGUUUUGAUAAAUCUAAAUGGAACAUUGUGGCAAUGCUUGGCGUGAUGAAAGCCGGGGGAGCCUUCGUUCCAUUGGACCCGACUCACCCAACUUCCCGUCUGCAAGGUCUCAUCCAAUCAGUCAAAGCCUCGGUUGUGCUGUGUUCUGAGCAUCUUGUGGAGAAACUCAAUCCCAUCGUGAAGACUUUAAUACCCCUUUGUGCUGACACGGUCGAUCGUCUGUCCGGCCCCGCGGGUAGCGUCGAUCUUGCAUCGGGUGUCACAAGCCAAAAUGCGGCUUAUGUUCUGUUUACCUCCGGAUCAACUGGAGAACCAAAGGGAACUCUGCUGGAGCACCGCGCUUUUCUGUCUGGGUCCAUGGCGCAUGGGCCGGGACUACGCAUUUACCGCGACUCACGAUGUCUCCAAUUCGCUGCUCACACAUUUGAUGCGAGUCUGGCCGAGUCAUUGACGCCGCUCAUCCACGGUGCAUGUGUGUGCAUUCCGAGCGAGGAGGCCCGGCUGAAUGACAUCGUGAGUACCAUCAACGAGAUGCGAGUCACCCAAGCGUGCUUCACCCCGUCAUUCAUCGGCUUCAUUGAAAUCGAGAGUAUUCCCGGACUGGAAAGCCUAGUCCUGGCUGGCGAGGCAAUGUCUCAGUCACAACUGGCCACCUGGUCCAAAAUCAAAUUGAUCAAUGGUUAUGGACCGACCGAGGCAAGCGUGGCAUCCGUGCUCAAUUCGAAUGUCACAGCAGACACCGAUUGUAAAGAUAUCGGACUACCUGUGGGUGUUAGGACUUGGCUGGUCAAUCCUGAGAACCACGAUGAAUUGGUCCCCGUGGGCUGCCCCGGAGAACUACUUUUGGAAGGCCCACCCCUAGCCCGGUGCUACGUGAAUAACCCGCAAAAGACAAACGAAUCGUUUAUCUAUGACCCUGCGUGGACACAGUUGGAUCCCGAAAGUGGUUCUCACCGCAGGUUCUACAAAACAGGUGAUCUGGUCCGAUAUAAUUCUGACACUGGUGCUUUGAAUUACGUCGGUCGGAAGGAUACCCAGGUCAAGGUUCACGGACAACGGAUCGAGCUUGGCGAAAUCGAGAAUCAGCUCAGCAAAGACUUGAAUGUCACUCAUUGCUCUGUCUUCUUCCCUCAGACCGGUUUCUCCAAAGGACGAUUAGCGGCAGUUGUAUCUUCCACUGGUUUGCUUGCGGAACAGUCAGGCUCCGACUUGGAGCCUCUGCGACUCAUAUCUGCCUCGAAAAAGGCCGAAGUAGUCCCAGGAAUCCGAGAGCGUCUCUCAGCCCUCCUGCCGACCUAUAUGGUCCCUGCAGUUUGGUUGUGUGUUGAAGCUCUGCCGCUCUUGCCAUCAGGCAAACUUGACCGCAAGGGCAUCGCCACUUGGGUCGCCGAUAUGGAAAGUGAUCCCGAUCGUCAGAACGCAGCCUCUGUCCCAGUAGUUGGCACAGAAGAUUCGAAGCCUGCAAAUGAUAGAGAAGAGGCUUUGGCUGCUGUAUAUAGCCGUGUUCUCAACAUUCCCCAGAACCAGCUCAAUUUGAACGAGAGUUUCCUCGCGCUCGGGGGUGAUUCAAUCGCCGCAAUGACAUGUAUAGGUCUCUGCAAGAAGCGAGGAUUUACCCUCUCUGUCCAAGACCUGCUUCGCAGCAAAUCAAUCCGUGAUCUCGCAACUCGCGCAAAGACAAUCGAUCACCUUACCACUUAUGAAGAAGCAGUUGAUGAACCGUUCAGCCUGUCGCCCAUCCAAACCCUCCACUUUGGCGUGCGCAAGGAAGGACAAGGUCACUUUAAUCAGGGUAUUGUUACUCGCUUGAACAAGCCCAUCGAUGAACGAGCGUUGCGCAAGGCUGUCGAGAGUUUGGUCUCACGACACUCCAUGCUCCGUGCACGCUUUACCGACACUGGAUUCGGUACAGCAUCUAGCCAACACAUUACUCAGGAUAUCAAGGGCUCUUACAGAUGGCGAAUCCAUGCUGUUGAUUGUAUGGAGGCAAUAAAGGCUCAUGUCGCAGAAAGCCAAUCCUCAAUUAACUGCUUCUCCGGGCCAUUACUUGCAGUGGAUUAUUUCGCCCUGAAGGAUCAGUUCCAUGUCUUGUCAAUGACUGCGCAUCAUUUGGUUGUCGACAUCGUCUCAUGGAGAAUCAUCUUGGAAGAUCUGGAGGACUUUAUCCUGAACCCAGAGAAGACAAGUAGCAAUGAUGGGUCUUUGCCUUUCCAGACUUGGUGCCACCUCCAGAAUGAGCACUGCAACAACCUUCGCACAGAGAAAAAGGUUCCCAGCGAUACUCUCGCGGCCCCGGACUUUGGGUACUGGGGACUUACAGAUACACAGACCACAUACGGAGACGUGGAUUGUGCUUCAUUUGAAAUCGACCCUGCUCAUACCAACGCUAUUUUGUUGGAUUGCCACAAAGCCCUUGGCACUGAGCCAAUUGAUCUCUUCCUGGCAGCAAUGCUCCACUCAUUCGGUCGCUCUUUCCCCGACCGUGCUCCCCCAACGAUCUAUAACGAAGGCCAUGGUCGAGAAGUGUGGGAUCCCUCCCUUGACAUCUCACACACUGUGGGCUGGUUCACCAUCCUGCACCCAAUCUUCUUGUCUGCAUAUAAAUCCGAUGACCCUAUCGAUACCCUUGUUCAGGUCAAGGACCUUCGCCGUAAGGUCUCAGACAACGGCCGCGCUGAUUUCACCAGUCGAGUUCUGCCAGCUCAUGACAAUAUUGAGUCUAAGCACCCGCGGCCCUUCGAGAUGUCUUUCAAUUACGUCGGGCAGCAUCGGGAUCUUCAAAGAAAAGACGGCCUAUUUCAGCUCGUCGACCAGAUGGCCGGAGAAGCCGGUCAAGGAGGCGGUGCCGCCGACUUUGGCAGCGACACUCCCCGCUUCGGUCUCUUUGAGAUAUCUGCCAUGGUAGUGGCCGGAAAGGUCCGAUUCAAUUUCUCCUUUAACAAGCUGAUGCAGCACCAGAACCGGAUUCAUCGAUGGGUUUCUGAAUGUCAGCAACUACUUGUAUUCCUGUCCGAGCAACUUCCCAUCAUUUCGCCGCGUUUGACUCUCAGCUCGUUUCCCAUGCUGUCAUUGACGUACCCCACGCUGGACAGGUUACUCAAUGAGAAGUUACCUGCUCUAGGGAUCACGUCCCCAGACCUUGUUGAGGAUAUCUUCCCCUGUUCUCGAAUGCAACAGGGUAUUCUCUUGGGUCGUAAGCGAGACAACUCUUACUACGCUGUUCAUGACACAUUUGAAGUUAGAGGGACUGGUGUGAGCGCGCCUGACCUUGAUCGCCUCGUUCAUGCCUGGCAGCAGGUGGUCUCUCACCACGCGAUGUUCCGCACUAUCUUUGUUGAGAACCUCACCCCUCGUGAUCCGUUCUCCCAGAUUGUACUGAGGAGCUAUGACGCCACACCGGUUAUCCUUCAGUCUUCAAGCGAUGGCGAUGUUUUUUCCACCUUCGACCAGCAAGACCCCAAAGACUACAGCGAGCUUGGGCCCGCGUAUCGCUUCACCAUUUGCCAGACACCCUCUCAUAGAAUCUUCGCACGCAUUGAGAUCAGCCACGCUGCGAUGGAUGGUAACUCAAUCUCUAUCAUCCUGCGUGACCUGCAGCUCGCAUACGCUGGAAGACUUGAGGAAAGCCCACAGCCUCUGUUCAAGGACUACAUACAAUACCUCCAGGACGCACCGAGGGAAGAUAGCAUGAAAUACUGGCGUUCGUAUCUGGGUGACGCAAAGCCAUGCCACUUCCCUACCUUGACUGAUGGCCAACAGUCCGCUAAGGCUCUUCGGUCCAUUCCCGUCAACUUUGGUGCAAUCAACGAGCUCCAGGCUGUCUGCGAGAAACAUGGGAUCACUCUCGCUAAUGUGUUCAAUGCUGCCUGGGGCCUCACUCUCCGCGAUUUCUGUGGCUCCGAUGAUGUUUGCUUUAGCUAUAUGGCAUCUCUGCGUGAUGUCUCUGCCGAUGGCGUCCAGUGGGUUGUUGGUCCGGUCAUCAACCUGUUGGUCUGCCGCAUGAAAGUCGCGCAUGAUGCAAAGCUCAGCGAUGUCCUGCAUCAGAUUCAGAAUGAUUACAUGGAGAGCCUUCCCUAUCGCCAUACUUCGCUCAUUGACAUCCAACAUGAUCUGAAGCUAUCGGACACCAAUUUGUUUAACUCCGGUGUCUCCUACCGCCGACUUCCCGGUUCCAAGGACGCGGCCAGCAGCGACAUUGAAUGCGUUGAGGUCGGCUCAAUCCACGAUCCGGCUGAGUUCCCCUUGUAUAUCAACAUUGAGGUCACAGAGACCAAGGCCCGGAUCGACCUCAACUACUGGACUACCAACCUCUCUGAUGCACAGGCUACCAAUGUGGCAAAUACCUAUCUUCGGUGCCUCGAGAAUGUCGUAUCUAACAUUGACGGCGAAAUUAGGCAGAUGGAUACCCUGAGCGAGAACAACAGACUCCAGAUCAUGACAUGGAACAGCAAGGCCCCCAAACCUUUCGAGAAGUGCGUUCACCAUGCGUUCCAAGAAAUGGCAAAGAAAUGCCCUGAUUCUCUCGCCGUUACUGCCUGGGAUGGCAACUUGACUUAUUCCAAAUUGGAUCAGUACUCCUCUCGUCUAGCCAGCUAUCUAGUCACCUUCGGCGUUGGUGCUGGUACCUUUGUUCCCAUCUGCUUCGAGAAAUCUGUUUGGAACAUGGUUUCAACAUUAGCCAUUAUAAAGGCAGGCGGUGGCUGUAUCCCAAUUCAAAACCCGCAGAGUGUAGCCCUGGUUGAGAAAUGGAUUGUCGAAAACGUCGUCCAAGUUGCUUUGGCCUCCCCCGAACAGGCCCAGGUUCUCGAGGAUAUUGUCCCGUACGUCAUCCCUGUCAGCGAGUCCCUCCUUGAGUACCUCACGGAUGAAGUUUUGAACCCUGUUGGAUGUCCAUCCGAUAUCGCAUACGUUGCCAUCACUUCUGGCAGCUCUGGCAUCCCUAAGGCCGUCUCAAUAGACCAUUCAACGGUCAUGAGCCGAGUUGAGGCAUUUGCUACCACCAUGGCAAUUGCAGAUGUCUCUAGAACCUUGCAAUUUGCACCUCACACCUCGGAUGCAUUCAUCCUUGAGACCUUUGCCACUUUCUUGUGGGGAGGUUGUGUUUGCAUUCCGGCAAAUAUUGACCCUAUCAACCUGGCCAGCUCCAUCAAUGCUUUCAUGGUCAACGUUGCCAGCAUUACUCCGACUGCCGCGGGCUUUUUCUCUCCCAAAGACGUUCCUGGUCUACGAUCCAUCGCCUUAGGGGGCGAAGCAGUCUCUCAGAGCGUCUUAGACCGUUGGAAGACUGAUAAUCUCCAACUGCAGGUUUUGUACGGUACAACCGAGAGUUCGUCCAGCUGCUUUCAUGCAUUCCCUUCCGUCGGUCAGAGGCAGGCUACGCUCAUCGGAAAAAGCAUCUCUUGUGUCUCAUGGGUCGUCCACCAGUCGAACCAUAACUGUCUUGUUCCAAUCGGCAGUGUUGGAGAGUUGGUGCUCGAGGGACCUGUGCUCGCCCGUGGCUACCUCGACAAUAACCCCACAGAGAAUCAUACCUUCUUCCAGAACCCUCCUUGGAUCUCACAAUUGGGUAGAGAAACCCAAUCCCAGUUCUUCAAAACAGGCGAUCUUGUGCGGUACAAUUCCGAUGGGUCACUUGAUUUCGUUGGCCGAAAGAACGACAAGAAUGGACGAGCCUUGCCAGGCAACUUGCUCCAGACUCAAGCAGCCAUUGAUUCAUUCCCGGGCCUGAACAAGAAGACUAUUUUGCAGAGUAUCGCGCUGCAACGUGAUGGUUUGAACACCGAUGCCCUCAUCGCCUUCAUGGUUUCCUCGGAUAUUACUCCGGUGACAUUCGGGGAGCGCGUGGUCCACUCGGUAACCACUGAAUUGAAAAGGGCUGUAUCUAGUCUCCACGCCCACUUGAGUGCCACCCUUCCUGCCAACAAGGUUCCGAGUAUCUAUAUUCCCAUCUCGUCACUCCCCUUGACAAUAUCUGGAAAGCUAAACUAUCAGGGCCUCCGGACCGAGACACAAGAGCUCUCAAUCAGUGCGCUCGAUUGUUUCGAUAUCAAGCAUUGGAACGGCUCCAAGCAGGGCAACCGGCAUUCACGCCAUACCAGCCUCACCGAGCCCUGCACCGCGUUCUGGAAGAAUUACCUCGCUGAUGUGGAGCCCUGCCUUUUCCCAGCGCUCUCUCACGGGGCAGGCAACAACGCCCGCUCGCUGCGUACCUUGAACAAGCAGACAGCAAACAUCCACGCUUUCAGCAAAAUCUUUGGUCUCAGCAUCGAAAUUCUCUUCCAAUUUGCUUGGGCUGUAGUACUUCGGUGGUACACCGGCUCGGACGACGUUUGCUUUGGGUAUUCCACCUCAGCGGGGGAAGAGAAGAAUCCGGACUUGGAAGGCAUUUCAACCUGUCGAUUCCUAGUGCAGAAUGAGCACAUGCUGCAGGAGAUUAUGAAGAAAGCAAAGACGGACUACGAAAAUAGUGCUCUGAACAGCGCUCCCCUGGAUGUGGUUCAGCGCCAGCUCAGGCUCGAUGAUGCUACACUCUUCAACACCGUACUCACAUAUCGUACAGUCUCCCAGCUACCCAAGGGAAGCCUUCAUGAACCAGGCACCUCCACACAGUACAAAAUCUCAGUUGAGGCUGUGAUGUCGCACUCCCAUGCCGAGAUCCACUUCAAUUACUCAUCAGACACCAUUUCCUCUUUCCAGGCUAACCAUAUCAUGGAGAUGUUCGACCAAGUUCUUGAUGAAUUAAUAUCUCAAAACCUCCGUGAUCGCACCGUCGCAGAUAUCAAUCUUAUACCCGAGCGCUCUAUCUGCCAAAUUCGCGAUUGGAAUGCCUCAUCACCGCCAAGGGUAGAAAAGUGUGCCGACGAGCUCAUCCAGCAGCAGGCCUUGCUUCACCCUCGUGCAGAUGCUAUCUGUUCCUGGGACAAAAACUUCACUUACGGUCAACUUGAGAUUGUCUCCAGUCGCCUUGCUCGCCAUCUCUCCGGGCUUGGAAUCAAGCCAGAAGUGUUUGUUGUCUUGUGUUUUGAGAAGUCUGCUUGGGCCAUCGUUGCCCAGCUGGCCGUCAUCAAAGCGGGCGGCGCUUACGUUUCCGUUGAUCCAUCACACCCAGAUUCUCGCCUCAAGAUGCUCAUUGAUGAAAUUGAAACUGACCUUGUCCUGUGCUCUUCUUCGGUCCAUGCUAAGGUCUCGAAGCUGGUCGAAAAUUCUUUUUCUGUCUGCCAGACUUCAAUUUCACAACUUCCUGACUCGCCUUUGGCUUUACCAGGUGUUCGGGCUACCCCUGCCAAUGCCGCAUAUGCUAUCUUUACUUCUGGUACCACCGGAAAGCCAAAGGCGACUGUUGUCGAGCACACUGCCCUCAGCACCACCGCACUUGCCAUGACCGAUGCUCUGCGUAUGAACCCUACAAGCCGUGUUUUACAAUUCUCCAAUUACACAUUCGAUGUGAGUAUUAUGGAAAUUAUGAUGACUCUCAUGACAGGCGGCUGUGUCUGUGUUCCAAGCGAGGAUGAACGCAUGAACAAUUUAGGUGGUGCGAUCCGCCGUAUGAAGGCCACCUACAUCCUCGCGCCGCCUGCCAUUGUCAACACUCUGGAGCCGAAGAGUGUUCCCUCUCUGAAGGUUAUUAUCACUGGUGGCGAGAAGAUGCCCGCUAAUCACAUCGAUCGUUGGGGAGAUCGCUGCGUGAUCAAUGCCUAUGGUCCUUCUGAAGCCACUGUCGUCGCCACAAUCGGUGUCAAGGUUGACUGGGAUGGUAACCGUGUCAAUAAUGAUCCUACAACUAUUGGAACGGCACCGAACUGCAGAGUUUGGAUCGUCGAUCCCAACAAUUACAAUCGCUUGCUGCCCGUUGGCGCUGUCGGCGAACUGAUUAUCGAAGGAAGCAAUAUUGCCCGUGGAUACCUCCGCAACGAGGAGAAGACCAAGGCAUCUUUCUUCGAGGAUCCUAUUUGGAACCGUCACAGUGGUCUACAAGCCCUGUUCAAGCGUAGCGACCGCAUGUACCGCACUGGGGAUCUUGUUCGCUACAACAAUGAUGGCAGCCUCAGCUUCAUCUCCCGCAAAGACACUCAAAUAAAGUUCAACGGCCAGCGAAUUGAACUAGAAGAGAUUGAACAACAGUGUCUCCAGUGUCUUCCUGAGGAUUCACAGGUCGCUGUUGACGUGGUUGUUCCCGAGGAGCGCACCAUCGCCAAGGGUCUUGCUGCGUUCUUCACUGUGCAUGACCCGCAUUCCAACGGGGGUAGCAGCGAUCAAUUCGUCCCCACUGUUCCUGGGGCUGAUUCACUUCUACUACCCAUCACGGUGUCCAACAUGGAUACCGUGCAGAAAUUGAAGGGCUCCCUCCCAGAACUUCUGCCCCAGAGCAUGAUGCCCCGGCUCUUCUUCCCCCUCCGCAACUUGCCCUUCACUUCCUCGGGAAAGAUUGACCGACGAAGACUCCGGGCAAUGGUCCAGACCUUGUCUAAGGAAACACUCAAGUCCUAUAUCACCUUCAAUACUUCCGAGAAACGGGAGAAGUCCGUUACCACCGGCCUCGAAACCCAGCUCGUGGCUUUGGUGGAAAGAAUCCUUGACCUUGAGGUUGGCUCUGUCAGUACGGAUGAUAGUUUCUUUGCUUUGGGUGGUGAUUCUCUGUCUGCCAUGAACCUUGUUGGCGCUGCUCAGGCAGAAGGUAUCGCUCUAACCGUGUCAAGCAUCUUCAACUCCCCAAUUCUGAUUGACAUGGCCAAGAAUUGCACUGCUUCUAGUGGGAUAUCUGAGGGGAAAAAAGAGAAUGUCAAGCCCUUCUCUUUGCUGCCAUCUGAAGUGGAUCCCGAGGCCCUUAUGGAUGAGAUCACCGACACCUGCGAGAUUUCUGAAGACCUUAUUACCGAUGUUUACCCGUGCAGUGCUGUGCAAGAGGGUCUCCUGACACUUUCCAUCAAGCAUCAUGGAGCUUAUGUUGCUCAGCCAUCAUUUCGCCUCGCUGACGGCAUUGAUCUUGAACGAUUCAGACAAGCCUGGCAACAAACAGUCGCCGACUUGGAAAUACUGCGCACUCGCAUCGUUCACACAGAAGCAAUGAACUUCGCUCAGGUUGUCCUGAGAAACUCACCUAUCUCCUGGGUCCAUGUAGAGUCUUUCGAUGCUUUGCCCCACGACUUCAUUCGUCUACCGAAGCAAAAUGGAGCUGAUUUGACUGGCUAUGCGAUGGUGAAGCCCAGAGGCUCCUCAUCCAGCUACUUUGUCUGGUCCGUCCAUCACGCACUAUACGAUGGAUGGAGCAUUCCCUUGGUGUUCCGCAAGGUUGAGGAAAACUACUUCGGCUCGAACACCACACAGUCUGGUACCCCCUAUAGUCUGUUCAUUGACUACUUAGUCAAGAGGGACAUGCAAAAGUCAGAUGAUUUCUGGAAGUCUUACCUAGCCAAUCUUUCCAGCACCCCCUUCCCUCAUAACAAAAAUGCGGUGCUCGGUGCAAUGCGUGCUGGUAACACUCAACAUCAUACUAUGAAAGUCUCCCGCACCUCCAAUAGUGUCGACUUCACGAUUCCCGUUCUUAUGCGGGCUGCAUGGGCAAUCGUCAUUGCCACCCAUACUGCAUCUGGCGAUGUUUGCUUUGGCGAGACCCUGUCCGGCAGAAAUAUUGAUCUUCCGGGGGUUGCAGAUAUUGCUGGUCCUGUUUUAACGACUGUCCCGACUCGCGUCCAGGUUGACAAUGCAAUGUCGACUACCCAGUACCUGCAGACCAUCCACAAUUCGACCGCCGAGAUGAUCCCGCACUUACAUUCUGGUCUGCAGCGUAUCCGCCAGCUCAACAAAAAUACUUCUGUGGGCUGUGAGUUUAAGAACCUCCUUGUGAUCCAGCCCGGCGAAGGUGGGCUCAACAACAGACUCUGGAUUGACGAGAAACGUCAAACAAGCGAAGAGUUUUUCACUCACCCUCUCGUUGUGGAAUGCGGUGUAACUAAGGCAAGCAUCGUUUUCACUGCUCAUCACGAUGAACUUGUCAUUACUGGAUGGCAGACCAAACGGAUUGUCGAGCAGUUUGCCCAUGUUCUCCAUCAAUUGAUUUCCAUGCCCAAGAAUAGCAUGAGCACUCUUGGAGAUCUGGAGGUCGUCAGCCCUCAAGACAAGGCAGAGAUCGGUACCUGGAACCAACGCACUCCACUGACAGUGGAACGUACCGUCCAUGAUUUCAUCCGUGAGAAGUGUGAGGAGACUCCGAAUGCCCAGGCUGUGCGAGCAUGGGAUGGUGAUCUCACUUACAGGGAAUUUUGGGACCUCGCAUCCGGCUUUGCCAACUACCUGGUCUCUCGUGGCGUCGGCCCAGAAGUCUUUGUCCCAGUCUGCCUGGACAAGUCGGCUUGGGCUAUGGUUACCCUGAUCAGCGUUCUCAUCGCUGGUGGCGGUUAUGUGCCUUUAGAUCCCUCGCACCCCACUUCACGACACGAGGAGAUCCUACUCGAUCUCAAUGCCAGUAUGAUUCUUUGCACCCCCAACUACAGUGAUCGAUAUGGCCGAGUUGUGAGAACCGUUAUCCCCAUCAGCAAGGAGACCAUCAAGGCAUAUGGUUCUCUCAAGUCAUCUGCUCGUGUCCAGACUCACAUUAAGCCGUCAAACAUGGCCUAUGCCUUGUUUACAUCCGGUAGUACUGGCCGUGCUAAGGGAAUCAUUGUCGAGCACCGCAACGUGGUCAGCAGUAUCAUGGCAUUCGCACCUUGGGUCCAAAUGGAUGCAACCUCCAGAGUAUUCCAAUUUGCUUCGCUCACCUUCGAUGCUGCCGUCAUGGAAACACUUGCAAUUCUCAUGCUGGGAGGAACGAUCUGCGUGCCUAGCGAGGAUGACCGUCUCAAUGAUGUGGCUGGGGCGAUCCGUCGACUGAAUGUGACUUGGACCUUCCUCACUCCUUCAAUUGCCAGUAUUAUUGAACCGUCAUCGGUACCAUCUCUCAAGCACCUGGUAUGUGGAGGUGAGAAGAUGUCUAACGAAGUCAUUACCAAGUGGGCCAACGCUGUUCACCUUAUGAACGGAUAUGGGCCCACUGAAACUUGUGUGUUUGCCGUGGUUGACAAUGCUGUUGCUGCCAAUCGCGAUCCCGGGCGUAUUGGUUACGGCAUUCCUAGCACCCUCACUUGGAUUGUUGAUCCCGACAACCAUGAUCGCCUCACCCCCCUGGGUGCAGUCGGCGAGCUUGCCCUUGAAGGAACUCCGCUCGCAAGAGAGUACCUCAAGAACCCCGAAAAGAAUGCAGAGGCAUUUGCGUCCAACCCUGCCUGGAUCAAGGACUUCAAGUCGCCGGUUGCCGGACCACGUCGAAUCUACAAAACCGGCGAUCUCUGCUACUACAGCCCUGAUGGUUCGAUUCAGUACAUCAGCCGCAAGGACCAUCAAGUCAAGCUUCAUGGUCAGCGGAUGGAGCUCGGUGAGAUUGAGCACCGCCUUUCUGAGGAUACUCGUACCCGACACGCCGUCGUCAUUCUUCCCAAGAAUGGCCCACUCAAGCAGCGACUGGUUACUGUCAUGUCUCUAAACAGUGUGGCUGCCGAUACGAAGCUCAUUUCCGACAAGGCUUGCGAACUAGUUGACGAAUAUGAGCUUGAACGACACGCCUAUAACGAGCUAGUUGAUGUCCAGAAGAGUCUCGAGAGCCAACUUCCAAUUUACAUGGUCCCCCAAACUUGGGCGCUGAUUAAGAAACUCCCCAUGCUUGUUUCAGGCAAGCUUGACCGCAAGAAGAUCACGGCUUGGCUCGAGGAUAUUGAUGAUCUGUCCUACGAGCGCAUCAUGGCAGAUUAUGAUCGUAUCAAGCGUGGCAAGAUCGAUGAGAAACCACGAGAAAAGGAGGAGAAGAAUGGCUCGCUCAAGAUCGUCCGUGAGAUAUUUGCCCAGGUGUUGAACAUGUCACUCUCAAAGGUCAAUGUCGAGCGUUCUUUCGUCAGCUUGGGUGGUGACAGCAUUACUGGAAUGGCUGUUAUAUCUCGCGCUCGCAAGCAGGGCCUUGUCCUAACACUGCACGAUAUUCUGCAGAGCAGAUCGGUCAAAGAGCUUGCCCAAACAGCCGGUUCCAAAACACCUCUCUCUCAGCGCGAAGAGAAAUCUGGCGAAGGCUUUGCUCUCUCGCCUGUCCAGAAGCUGUAUUUCCAGAGCUCAGAUUCCUUCAAGGGAAGCGCUCGCUUCAAUCAGAGCAUCACGGUUCGCAUUGCUCGCCGCUGUGAGGGCGAAGUACUUCGGCGUGCUCUCAAGGCUGUCAUAAGCCAGCACGCCAUGUUCCGCGCACGCUUCAGCAAAGCCACUGAUGGUACUUGGCAGCAGAAAACCGCAGCGGAGGUUGAUGAAUCUUUCCGCUUCCGCGUUCACUCUGUCGGUGACACCCGUGCGAUGGUCCCCAAGGUUGCAGAUAGCCAGACCUGCCUGGACCCUAUCAAUGGACCUAUUUUAGCUGCCGACCUAUUCAACCUCCGGGCUGGCGGUCAGGUCCUGUUCCUUGUCGCUCACCAUCUCUGUAUUGACAUGGUUUCUUGGCGCAUCGUGCUCCAGGAUCUUGAAGAGCUCGUUGUAUCGGGGUCUCUCUCACUAGAAAAGGCUUUGUCCUUCCAAAGCUGGUGUGCUAUGCAGACUGAGAGGGCCAAAACACAUGACGCGAACAUUGCUUUACCAUUCACCCCCGAGAAGCCGAACUUGGCUUACUGGGGCAUGCAAGACUUAUCCAACGUCUAUGGGGAUAUCAAAAUGGAGUCAUUUACCCUGAGCGAAGAUACUACCCAGUUCAUCCUCAGCGAUUGCCAUAGUGUCUUCCGCACUGAUACUGUUGAUAUCUUGCUGUCGGCCAUUAUUAGCUCCUUCGGUUGCACUUUCACUGAUCGCAAGGUUCCCACUGUUUAUAAUGAAGGGCAUGGCAGAGAACCUUGGGAAGCCAAUAUCGACCUUUCUAGAACAGUUGGCUGGUUCACCACCAUGGCGCCUUUGCUAGUUGACUCGAAUGCUCGUAAGUUUACCGUAUCUCACCCCCCAGAAUCCAGGCUGACAACAGAAGGGGCCCUGAACGACAUUAUCAAGCGUGUUAAGGAUACAAGACGCAAGAUCACAGACAAUGGACGUCCCUAUUUUGCCAAGAAUCUCCUCCAGGAACAGGCUGCCGACUUCCCUGUUCCGUUGGAAAUCCUUUUCAACUACUUGGGCAAGAUGCAACAACUUGAGCGAGCUGACUCCUUGUUCCAACACCAUGGUAGCGUCUUUGACAGCUCGGACUUUGCUGUCGCGGGUGACAUGGGUCCUCAGACUGCUCGUUUCGCACUGUUUGAAAUCUCUGCCAUUGUCAUCAAGGAUUCCCUCAACAUUGGGUUUACCUACAACCGCAAAAUGCAGCAUGAAGGGUCCAUCCGCCGGUGGAUUCAUCAAUGCAAGCAGACCUUGGAGAAGGACCUGCUUAUGUUGAAGACAGCUUCCCCUGAGCCCACUCUCAGCGACUAUCCUCUCCUCCCGAUCACCUACCACGGCCUGCAGAUGCUCACCACCAGCACCUUCCGCAAGGCUGGUAUUCGAAACAAGGAUCACGUCGAGGAUAUCUACCCUUGUUCUCCUAUGCAGGAGGGUCUACUGCUCAGCCAGCUGCGUGAUCCUAACGCCUACAUGUUCCACACUGUUUUUGAAAUCAAGGAUGCGAAAUCCGGCAAGGUGGACGCUGAACGGGUUUCCCGCGCCUGGCAAACCCUGAUCGAUCGCCACCCUGUGCUGAGAACUAUCUUCGUCGACAGCAACUACACCGGUGGAUCUUUCGAUCAACUGGUACUCAAGAGCCUUGACGAAAACAACAUCUGUGUGGAAUGCCACGAUUCCCAGGUCCAGGAGAAGCUAUCCGCCAUCUCCCUUCGUGACUUGAAUGCAAUGCGCCAGUCAAAGCUGUCUCAUCAACUUACUGUUUGCAAAACAAACACUGGACGUGUAGUUCUGAAGCUUGAAAUCAACCAUGCCAUUAUCGAUGGUGGUUCGGUCGAUGUCCUUCUCCGUGACUUGACCCUCGCAUACGAGCGAAAGAUCCCUGAGGGUGCCGGACCUCGCUUCAGCGACUAUAUCAAGUUUAUCCGCACCCAGAGCCAGAGCGUCGCCCUUGAUCACUGGAAGCAGUAUCUUCGCGGAGUUCAUCCAUGCCACCUCACCCCAUCAGCAACAUUCGAGUCCAAGCGAGAGCUGAAGGGUGUCAUGAUGAACUUCCAACGCUUCCCUGAGCUGCUUAAGUUCUGCGAGCGCAGCUCUGUCACUCUUGCCAACCUGACGCUGUCUGCCUGGGCCGUUGUUCUUCGACAAUUUACAGGCUCUGAUGAUGUCUGCUUUGGAUAUCUUUCUGCCGGUCGCGAUGCCCCUGUCAAUGGUAUUCAAGACAUGGUCGGAAUCUUCAUCAACAUGCUCUGCUGCCGUGUUCAGUUCUCUGACCACCAGACUCUGACUGAUGUGUCCAAGAACGUUCAAGAUGAUUACAUUCGAUGCAUCCCGCACCAAAGCUGCUCUCUGGCGAGCAUCCAGCACGAACUUGGCAGGCAGGGACAGUCCCUCUUCAACACUACCUUGUCUAUCCAGAACCACUCUGUCGCAGGUGGACCCAAGGAAAAAGGGUUGUCAUUUGAUCUUCAGCAUGCACACGAUCCUAGCGAGUACGCGGUCACUGUGAAUGUCGAAAUUGCCCGAGGCCAAGAAGGCAUCCUCUUGAGAUACUGGAACGAUGUUGUAUCUGAGGACGAGGCACAAACUUUGGCCGAUACCAUUGCUAAAGUUUUUACUGGCUUCAUCGAGGCCCCGGCAGCUACUCUCGCACAGUCCAAAUUUGGCGCUGAGGCCGUGUCGGAGUCAGUUGAUUGGGAUCGUUCCCAGACUACGCUCGCUGAAAAGUCAAAGUCUACUGGAGAAUCGAUGGAUAGCAUUGCUAUGCAAAAGAUUAUCGAUGAUCGUGUUCAUGAGAUUAUUGCACAGAUGUUGAGAGAAGGAAAAUUGAUGGUGCCACCCGUUCGGGCGGAUGAGUUGUCUAACUAUGGCAGUCAAACUGACGCGAUGAUUGACUCAGCUUACCAGUUAGGUAUACAAGGAGCAGAUGAUUCGGGUGUUUGUUCAGCAACUUCCCGUUCUAGUGUGGACGGGAUUACGGCUGAUGUGGAAAGGAAAUUGUGGAAUCUUUGGAGCACUGCUCUUGGUCUUUCGCCCAACGUGGUGAGACACCAGGAUAGCUUCUUCAAAUUGGGUGGUGACAGCAUCACCGCAAUGAAGAUGGUCAGUGCCGCUCGCGAAGAGGGCCUGGUCCUUACUGUCGCAGAUGUUUUCAACAAUCCUGUCUUCGAGGACAUGGUGGUGACAGUGGCCGCCGCCAAUGUCACUCAGCAAAUGCUGGAUGUUGAUCUCAAAUCUGGUGGCCAUGAGGAGAUUGAUAGCGAUUUGCUAAACAUUAGCCCAACAACGUUGGGUCCGAGUCCCUGCUCUGAAAACUUCGAGGUUCUCAGACCUUAUUGCGUCGAUGAUGCCGCGGUACGGAGUGGUAUCUGCCCCAAGAUUGGUGUAUUCAAGGGUGGCAUCGCCGACGUGCUCCCUGUCACGGACUUCCAGGCGAUGUCUUUGACAGCAACUCUCUUUAAGUCCCGAUGGAUGUUGAACUACUUCUACCUCGAGGGCAAUGGUCCCCUGGAUUUGAGGCGCCUUCGCGAAAGUUGCUUGAAGGUUGUCGAUGCUUUCGAUAUUCUGCGCACAGUCUUCGUCUGUUUCCAUGAUCAAUUCUUCCAAGUCGUGUUGCGGAAGAUCCGUCCAAGUAUCUUUGUGUAUGAGACCGACCGCGCUCUUGAUGAGUUCACCAUGACACUCCAGCAGAGAGACCGUGAAUAUGGACCGCGCGAAGGUGAGCAGUACGUGCAGUUCUAUGUUGUCAAGAAAAAGGGCAGCGAUCAGCACCGCAUUUUGGUCCGCCUCUCUCACACCCAGUACGAUGGAGUGUGCCUGCCAAAGAUUAUGUCGGCCAUUAAAUACGGAUACGAGGGCACCCCGCUGCCUCCAGUGAUUCCCUUCGCUGGCUACCUGCGACAACUGCCGGGUACAAUUACCCCGGACCACUAUCGCCACUGGUCCGAUCUUCUCAAGGGAUCCCAGAUGACCCAGGUCGUUCGCAGAAAGGGCACCAGUAUGUUCCAGAACGUUGGAGCAUUCACCGAGAUCCACAGGAAGAUCGAGAUUCCACCCACUGCUCUUGGAAACGUCACUGUUGCAACUGUCAUGCAAGCUGCCUGGGCCCUGACUCUUGCCAAGCUAUCAGCGCAAUCCGAUGUUGUCUUUGGCCUGACCAUCAGCGGUCGCAACGCCACAGUGCCUGGCAUCGAAAACACCGUUGGCCCUUGUGUCAACGUCAUCCCCGUGCGUGUGAAGCUCAACGAGAACUGGUCUGGUGUCGAUCUUUUCCGCUAUCUCCAAGAUCAGCAGGUUUCCAAUAUGCCUUUCGAGUCUCUGGGCUUCCGUGAGAUCAUCAAGCAAUGUACCGACUGGCCCGCGUGGACCUACUUCACCACCUCGGUUUUCCAUCAGAAUGUCGAUUACGAGGGAACAAUUGAGUUGGACAACAACAAGUACCGCAUGGGUGGUGUUGGUGUCAAUGACAAUCUAGCAGAUUUGACCAUGGUCUCUAAGCCAUCCUGUGAACGUGGCCUUGAUGUUACCCUAGGCUACUCUGAAAAGGGACCUGUGAUGCCAUCGUUUGCAUCUAAAGUCCUCGACAUGGCCUGUGAGAUUGCGCAGUCACUCGUCGCCAAUCCAAGCAACCCGCUUCCCUCCGCAAGUACGCUUUGCUCUCUGCCACCCCAGAUAAUCGAUGACCUGCCCCGACCGACCGAUGAACACUUCCUCAGCGCGCAUCUCAAGUCACGCUCAAUUGCUGAGCUACUCGUGCAUUCGGAUAUCUUGUCUCGCUCGUGGCACCAAGUUUUGCCCAGCCGUAAUGCUGUCCACGUCUCCGAUGCGGAAGCCGACAACAAGGAAACCCACCAAUCUACCUUCCAGUUAGACUCAUCCUUCUUUGACCUCGGCGGUGACAUCUUCAACCUGGCUCAACUGACCUGGCUUCUUGAACAAGAGGGUCUCAAGGUUCGCCUCGAGGAUCUUAUUGAACACCCCUCUUUCCUGGGUCAGAUGGCCGUGCUGGCUUUGCAUAACGCCAAGCACCAGGAAGAUAUUUCCGUCGAGCAUCUUGCUACUGGUGCCGCAUCUCCCGAGCCUGUGUCCCGUGUUGAGAAGAAAAAGACAUGGGAGAAGGCCAUAACCCUGGCACGCAGGUUGACUCGGCGAAACAGCAGCAUGAUCUCCAGUAGAGCUUGA